AUGAUGAAACAGCAAGAACUUACAAACAAGAACAAUGAAGCUUCCAUAAGAAAUAUAGAAAGGCAGAUUGGACAGCUUUCCAAGCAAGCUCUAAGGAGUGGAAAGAUUUUGGUGAAAGACGAAGAAGCAACCAAAAAGCCAAAUGAGAAUGACAAGAAACAAGCUGAGAAAGAGGAUGCCAACAGGAAGCAAGAGUUGACAGCAGGUAAGCAGGCUCAAAAAAAGGAUGACCAGCCACAAGAUUUAAGGAAAAGGAAGCAAAUAAUGGAAGAACCAGCCAAGGAACAGAGGCAGGGAGGGAAGACUUUCACACCUCCCUUGCCAUAUCCCCAAAGCAUCAACAAGGAGACCAAAGAUCAACACUUCCCCAAAUUCCUUGAAGUCUUCAAGAAAUUGGAGAUUAAUAUCCCUCUGGCUGAGGCAUUAGAGCAGAUGCCUCUAUAUACAAAGUUCUUGGAAGAGCUUAUCAAUAAAAAGAGAAGUUGGCAUGGGAAGGAAACUAUAUUUCUCACUGAAGAAUGCAGUGCAUUAAUCCAGAAAGGGCUUCCCCCAAAACUUGAGGACCUUGGAAGCUUUUUCCUACCUUGUGCCAUUGGCAACAUAAGCAUUAAUAAAGCAAUGUGUGACUUAGAAGCCAGCAUCAAUCUAAUGCCCUCUUCUCUGGUGAAAAAGCUAUGCAUAGAGGAGGUAAAGCCCAUACAGAUGUCACUAGAGCUAGUGGACAAGUCUGUGGUGUUUCCCAAAGGUAUGAUUGAAAACCUUUUGGUCAAAGUGAAUAAGUUUAUAUUCCCUGCAGACUUUGUGAUUCUGGACCUAGAUGAGGAAGGAGGUAAUUCCAUUAUACUAGGAAGACCAUUCUCGGCUACAGCAAGGGCUAUUAUAGAUGUGGAACAAGGGGAAUUGACCUUGAGAGUGCAUGAUGAGAGCAUUACUCUAAAUGUCUUUCCAGAAACAUAG